AUGGCAAAAGAAAUUGACUCAACAAACAGAGAAAUCAAAGCAAGGGAAAGAACGAAUAACAGACACCUUGAUGACCUGAUAAAACAUGGAGUUGAAGAAGGACUGCAGGUAAAAAAUAUAGAGGGGAAGGGAAGAGGAGUGUUUGCCGUCAGAUGUUUCAAGAAGGGUCCAUUUGUAAUUGAGUAUCAUGGAGACUUGUUGCAUCUGGCUGAUGCCAAGAAGAGAGAGGCUCUGUAUGCCCAAGACCCCGGGACCGGCUGCUACAUGUACUAUUUUCACUAUCUCAGCAAAACCUACUGUGUGGAUGCUACAAAAGAAUCAACUCACCUGGGAAGGCUGAUAAACCACAGUAAAAACGGCAACUGCCAGACCAAGCUCCAUGACAUGGAUGGAAUACCUCAUCUCAUACUGGUGGCUUCCAGGGACAUUGAGGCAGAGGAAGAGCUGCUUUAUGACUAUGGUGACCGCAGCAAGGAAUCAAUCUCUGCUCACCCUUGGCUCAAAUACUGAUGUGCCACCAGAGUAUUUUCUCAAGAGAAUGACUAGGUGCAUUUGAUUUCUUCAAAAAGAGAUUCAGAUCUUUUUUUUUUUUUUAUCCAUUCCAUUGGCCCUAAGGUGCAACUGCUUUCCGAUGAGACAAAUGAAGUGUGCCUGAUGGUUUUUUAUCUGUCUUCUGCUUUUUCAAGCAAUGCAUUUGGGCAAAACGGUGGCUGUAUGAAUAAGGUGGAGGACAACCUUCAAGAUGGCAAAUGGGUUAAUUUGUUUUUAAAACUAUCAAUUUAUUGCUGGAUUUGGAGGUCGUUUUUAUACAUAUUUAGGCCAGUGUGUCCAUGAAAAUGUGUGAAAUAUUUUGUGACAUACUAGCUAUUGUUUUUAGGUUGCUUUUAUAUAAGUGAUUAAUUUAUAAUGCUAGUUAUGGUUCUAGUUGACGCAACAAUUUUCAUAUGAGCGUCAAUGCUCUCCUGGCUUCAGGGAGAACAGCUUAUAUUUGAUUUUUAAAUGUAGCUUUUUUUGUUGCAAUGGGUGAAAUAUCCUAAUGAAUUUUGAACACAAUUUACAAUGCAAGUUGCUCUUUUUGAGAGUAAAUGAAAUGUGUACAUAGACAAAUCUGUUCAGAAAUCUGGCUAGCAUGGAAGCUCAUUUUGCAAAGCAUAGAAAGGCAAGCUUGGUCUUUGACAAAUGUACCAAUUAUUAAUAUUCACAAAGACAAUGAACA